UAUAUAUUUACGAAGAUAAAGGAGUAUCUUUCGUGUCUAGCAGCUGAUAGGAUGGGUCUGCUUUCCCUGUUGCGCAAACUGAGACCCAAUCCGGAGAAGGAGGCCCGCAUCCUGCUCCUGGGACUCGAUAAUGCCGGCAAGACGACAAUAUUAAAGCAACUGGCAUCGGAGGAUAUAACCACGGUAACACCCACGGCCGGAUUUAAUAUCAAGUCUGUGGCAGCCGAUGGAUUCAAGCUGAAUGUAUGGGAUAUUGGUGGUCAGUGGAAGAUCCGACCCUAUUGGAAGAACUACUUUGCCAAUACGGAUGUGCUGAUCUAUGUUAUUGAUUGCACGGAUCGGGCUCGUCUUCCGGAGGCGGGCAGCGAACUGUUUGAGAUGCUAAUGGACAAUCGAUUGAAGCAGGUUCCCGUCUUGAUUUUCGCCAACAAACAGGACAUGCCCGAUGCCAUGAGUGCCUCCGAGGUGGCCGAGAGGAUGAGUUUGGUCCAAUUGCAAGGACGAACCUGGGAGAUUAAGGCCUGCACCGCUGUAGACGGAACUGGACUCAAGGAGGGCAUGGAUUGGGUGUGCAAGAACAUGAAGAAGUAAUCCAGUUUUAAUUUGUUAAGUUGAGUAAUGCUAUCUCUAAGAUUCAAAUCAUAAAUAUAUGUACUUUUAAUGUCAGAUAAUUAAGACUUUUGUUUUAUAUUUUAUUUUAUUUCCAAAGAGCUCAAUUGUAACACAAACAUAUUAAUAAUGAAUCAAUAUUUAGCCACAUUUUUAUUCGACCAUUUUUGGCGCAAUAUCGAAGCUUAAAAAGUUCAUAACUAAGCCAAAAAUGCGUUAAUUUCA